CUGCCAUGGGAAUAAACAAGCUAUACAGCAUAAUGACCGAGAUGAAAACAGAUGCUGGUAUUCAAGAGCCAAGAAUCACCCCAUACAGUGCAAGAAAGCACUUGAUUCAGAAGCUGAAUGACGAGAAUGUUCCUGCUCAUCAAAUAAUACAGAUUUCAGGGCACAGAAAUAUUAACAGCUUAAAUAAUUACAGCAGUUUGAACAAGGAACAGUCAAAAAAUAUUUCAAAAAUACUUUCUCAUUCAAACCAGUCAGUUGAAAAGCACAACCGCACAGCCACUGCCACUGCGUCAGCCACAUCAAGUGAUUUUCCGAUGGCCCGAGGAUUUUUUGUCAACUCACAUUUCCAGGGCAAUGUAACAUUUAAUUUUCACAACUCUGAAUCUUACAUGGGCCUUUCCCAGACACAGAACGUAGUCAAUCACCAGAGGCAAUCUCCAUCCCGUACACCGGCGGUAACCGCAGAUUCCCCUGUACAGCGACACUACAAGCGAAUCCGUCUUAUUGCAGAGAGUGACAGUGAUUGAUAUCGAAACCAUUUAGCACAAAAACACUGUUGAAAUAUGUUUGCGUUCCUAGUUUAAUCCAGUUAUGUGUUAUUAAUCCAGUAAGUCGUAAAAGUGUUGUUCAACAUGGCGAGCACUUUCGUAACUUUGAGAUCAGUUUAAUACACA